CGUAGUUGGUUAAUAAAGCUAUUUUAAACAGUAGUUCACAUUCAGCAGCUAAUUCUCGUAACGUAACUUGAAAAUUAAAUUAAAAAUAAUAUAAAUCGGAAUAUUUACGACAAAAUCUUAAAUCUAAGUGUACAAAUUAUGAUAACUAGCAUUAUAAUUUCUUUUGUUAUUCUGUUAAGAGUUCAUCUGAGUCAAGCUACAUCAGCCGCAAUCCUUUUCCUCAAUGAAACUUCACAAGAAUCUUCCGAGAAUAUGGAAUGGAAUGGCAAGAAAUAUAUUAUCAAAAAUGAAGGUUGCACUAUACCUUAUGUUUCCUAUUCCCAAAACUCCAUUUGGGAUGUGUAUCAGUACCCAGUUUCUUUAAAGCCAUGUCCAAAAAAUCAGCACCCUUUAAUAAAAAAUAACGGGACACAUCUUUGGAUUAUAAAAGAAAAUUUACGUUACUAUCAUGCUGUAAAUAGUUCGAAUUUUAAAUGCUGUUAUAGAAAAUUAACAGCAGUUUCAAAUGAUGUGAGAAACGAAAGUUCAAGUUUAGGCUGUGUUUGUUUCAGCGAUCCACUAUUGAUAAAGCACGAGUUCAUAGAAAUUGUUUGCAGCUAUAGAGCGAACAUUAUUUAUGACGAAAUGUUUGUCUUCCCUGUGAAAAAGCCGUUCACACAUCAAAGACCAAGCCCUUUCAGAUCGCUAGACAAUCAGUCAGAGUAUAAUGUAGUGGUAUUAGGACUGAGUUCUAUAUCAAGGUUAAAUUUUCAUCGCACUAUGAAAUAUACGUCAAAUUUGGUCAAGGAAAAAGAGGGUAUUGAAUUGUUUGGCUACAAUAUAGUCGCAGGAAACACUUUCCGAAACAUGAUGCCGGCCAUCGUUGGCAUGAGCACCCAGGAGCUGAACCGCACGUGUUGGCCCAACGCCCGGACGACCCUAGACCACUGCCCUUACAUCUGGGAAAGAUUCAAAGAUUCCGGCUAUUACACCGUUCUCGCAGAAGAUACAACAAAAUCCGGCAUUUUCAAGACAAACAAAUUUGGUUUCGCUGACAAGCCAACAGAUUAUUAUUUACAUCCCUUUUUGAAAGAAAAUACGUUAAAGAGUAAUAGACAGGAGUCCGUCUGCAUGGGUGACGAAUACUACUACAACGUCGCUUUAAAAUUCAUUCACAAUCUAAUAUCAAUUUUGUCUCCAUCUAAAUUGUUUGCAUUACUUUGGGAGUCAUCUAUAAGCCGGAAACAACUUAAUUUUCCCAAUUUAUUAGAUAAAGACUAUGAAUCGUUUCUUCGAAAGUUGAAUGACGAAGGGUAUUUAAAUGAGACAUUUGUUUUUGUGAUAAGUGACCGUGGUAUAAAAUACGGCGAUAUACAUUUGACAAAAAGAAGCGAAUUCGAACAGCGACUACCUAUUGCGAGCAUUUUAGUGCCGCCGACGUUUAGUGAGAAAUUUCCAUUAGCAUAUGAGAACUUGAAAACGAAUAGUCGUCGUCUUACGACAGCCUUCGACAUACACGAAACACUUAUUGAUCUUAUCAACUUAAACGCGAUAAGUAACGAGGAAGUGCUGGAUAGGACGCGGUCUCACUAUACGAAGCAGAAAGGCAUGAGUUUAUUUCUGCCGAUACCCGGGAACAGAACGUGCCAGUCUGCUAAUAUCGACCUGGAAUGGUGUUCCUGCGCUAGACCUAAAAAGGCAAUCGUUAGUAAUAAACGUGUGUUUACAAAUGACCAAUUAACAAAAAAUAAACCAAAACAUUUUUAAUUAAAAAAUAUUC